CCUCCAUCUCCCAGAGAAACAACGUUAAAAGAACGCGCAUCAAGUCAUUAGCCGGUGACCGUGUCUCGACCCCGCUUCCAUCAAAAUGUUUACCAUCAUUUGCAUUUCACGGUACCGCUGUUCGUUUCCCCAAUGCAACCUUACGUGAUGAUGUUUUUUCACUUGUAUCCACAUUGAAGAUUUCUCGCUCCUAGGUUUUACUAAACUACGAAACUCUCAAAUAUCUGGAUGGCGUACACCACCAUCAAGAAAAUAGCCAAAGAGGGCUCGUUACCAGCAUUAGAGCGUCUCGUGUCCAUCGUUGAAGACGACGAAAACACCUUUCCCCAAAUUUUCUCCGUUUUUCGAUAUCGUCUUCGUAAUACCAGCGUUCCUAAUUCGUGGCUUGAUCCGGAUCAGCCUCAUCAGUCUAUCAUCGUCGCCAGAUCUUGCCUCAAAGCCAUUGCACUCGGGUUCCAGAUCAAAAACAAAACUCCGCUGCGGCCUGAUCUAAUUCCUCAGAUCUCUGAGGUCCUGCCUAAUGUCCUUUCGUGGUUCAUGUACUUCAUGAAAUUCUACCUUCUCGACAAAGCGGACGCGCUACCCGAGUUCGACUCUGCAGAGGAUGAGCUCACGUUCAACACGAUGAGACUCAUUGCCGACCUCUCUGAAAUACCCUCAUUCGUUCAGAUAUUGGGCCACUUUCCAGAUUUCAUGCGUGUCAUCACGGAAGUCUGGAUUCUCACCUCUGCAAACGACCUGAACAUGGCCCAAGCUACGGGACGCGCCGUCCAGAAUAUGACAUUCGAUACCAACGAGCCCUGGCUCAAUGAUUUUGAUCAAGUCCUUCGUACGACAUCCAUCAGCGUGGCUAAUCCCUGCCUCGGACGUCUCAUCCUCCAAAUACACUCCCGAGAACCGGAUUACUACGUGCUCAAGCGCUGCAUGAUGACCAUGUUCAAUUUUUCCGCCAAUUCUCCGCCUGUCAAGCGGGCCUUUCUGGCUGCCGACGGUGUCAGGUGGACUUGUCAACUUCUACGACGUCUAUCGUCUCGGAAGCUCGUGCUAUCGAUGACGAUGGAUGACUUUGAGACGUCAAAAGGCAUCAUCUCGCUUUGUGCGUCCUAUCUCUCCGGAGCGUUCACGGAUCAAUUCACAUGGGUAGCAGAGGCUCUUCAGGACCAUCUGCUCUUAUCCAUCAUGAAAUGUCAACCGUACUUUAUGCUCGCGGGAGGAGGACAUACGCCUGAUCGCACGACAGGUAACACGCUCAAUGAUGUACUGGUACAUCUCUUGAACGAGGUCAACUGUCAUUCUAUUAUUCGGGCAGUUCUACGGCAGGCCACUAGAGCUGUAACAGAGGUCGAAUGGCACCCGUUGUCGAUAGAGAAGGGUAUUGAGAAGGGCGCGCCCAGGCUCUGGGAAGCGUGGACAAGGUUGAAGAAGGUCAUAGCGACUCGUAUGGAAAUGAGGAAACAUUAUCUUUGGCGAGACAAAGCGGAGUGCAUGAAUGCGGAGUGUACUCUGCCUCCGCAAGUAACCCCUGAAGCUACGCUUCCUCCACUCAAGAGGUGCGCAGGCUGUUACUAAACAUUUUACUGUUCCAGGCUCUGCCAGAAGGACGCAUGGAACAACGA